AUGAACAACAAUGAAGCCUUGGUUGGAGAGUUUGUAAGGAUGUUGAUAGAAAAUCAUAGGAAGUCUGUUCCAACAAGGAAGCAGAGUGUUCGAGCACAGCUUAAAGUUGGAAUAAAGGAGGUGAUAGUCCUCAUAGAGGCCUCCAAAGAAUAUUUGAGAAAGUUGGGUCUUGAGCUCGUUGGGAUUAGCAAAGUAGAGAUUGUUGAUCCUAUGGAUGCAGAGAAGUAUUUCAUUAGAAGACUGGAGCCUUCAAAUGAUGUAGAUCCACAUCCGACCGAGGAAUUUCGAAGACUAAUUCUAGUGCUAACUUUUGUUGUACUAGAACAGAAGUCAGUCGAGAUAUCUAGACUAUGGUUUCUUCUGCAAAAGACAGAAGUUUUUGAGAGCGAAGAUGACUUUUCCGAGUUUCUGAGAUGGGCAAAGGGCCAAGGGUAUCUCUUUGCAGUCCGAGACGAGGAAAGACUUGUCAUUACCCUAGGAUGGAGAUACUAUUGCGACUUCCACCGAUUUGAUCCAAAAGAAUACUUCCGGAACAAUAGCUAUUGA